AUGAACGCCGGUUAUCACAUCGAGCUGGCUGGUGGUGGCUACUACAACGCGAAGACGAUGACGGAGGCCAUUACCAAGAUCGAGAAGGCCAUCCCUCCCGGACGUGGUAUCACUAUUAACCUGAUCUAUGUCAACCCCCGUGCGAUGGCCUGGCAGAUUCCGAUGAUCGGUCGGUUGCGCGCGGAAGGCGUGCCUAUUGAGGGUCUGACCAUUGGCGCUGGUGUGCCGUCUAUUGAAGUUGCCAAUGAAUACAUUGAAACUCUUGGUAUCAAGCACAUUUCCUUCAAGCCUGGCUCCGUUGAUGCGAUUCAGCAAGUCAUCAAUAUCGCCAAGGCCAACCCUAAGUUCCCCAUCAUCCUUCAGUGGACUGGUGGCCGUGGCGGUGGUCACCACUCCUUCGAGGACUUCCACCAGCCCAUUCUCCAGAUGUACAGCCGUAUUCGCAAGCAAGAUAACAUUGUGCUUGUUGCCGGCAGUGGCUUCGGUGGUUCGGAAGACACUUACCCUUACCUCUCGGGUACGUGGUCCGCCAAGUAUGGCUACCCUCAUAUGCCCUUCGACGGCUGUCUCUUCGGCUCUCGCAUGAUGAUCGCGAAGGAGGCACACACCUCUUACAACGCCAAGAAAGCAAUUGCGGAUGCCCCUGGUGUGGACGAUGAGGAGUGGGAGAAGACCUACCAGAAACCAACAGGUGGUGUGAUCACUGUUCUGUCCGAGAUGGGUGAGCCUAUCCACAAGCUGGCCACUCGCGGUGUGCUGUUCUGGGCGGAGAUGGACCAAAAGAUCUUCAAGCUGGACAAGGCCAAGCGUGUCCCUGAGCUCAAGAAGCAACGGAACUACAUCAUCAAGAAGUUGAAUGAUGACUUCCACAAGGUCUGGUUUGGCCGCAACGCUGCAGGCGAGACUGUGGAUCUGGAAGAUAUGACUUAUGCUGAGGUCGUUCGCCGCAUGGUGGACCUCAUGUACAUCAAGCACCAGUCGCGAUGGAUCGAUCCCUCGCUCAAGCGCUUGACGGGCGACUUCCUCCGUCGUCUCGAGGAGCGUUUCACUACGGCUGAGGGCCAGGCAUCGUUGCUCCAAAGUUAUUCCGAUAUCGAUACCCCCUACCCUACCGUGGACAACAUUUUGUCUGCUUACCCCGAAGCUGCCGAUCAGCUGAUCAACGCGCAGGAUGUGCAGCACUUCCUGCUGCUCUGCCAGAGACGCGGCCAGAAGCCCGUGCCUUUCGUCCCCGUGCUGGAUGAGAACUUUGAGUUCUUCUUCAAGAAGGAUUCUCUGUGGCAGAGUGAGGAUCUUGAGGCUAUUGUCGAUCAAGACGUCGGCCGAACCUGUAUUCUUCAGGGUCCUAUGGCUGCCCGCUUCUCCAACAUCAUUGAUGAGCCUGUCAAGGACAUUCUUGAUGGUAUUCAUCAGGGACACAUCGCUAGCCUCCUGCGUGAUGUCUACGGUGGCGACAGCACCAAGGUUCCUGUCAUUGAGUACUUCGGUGGGCAGCUUCUGAACACCACCGAAUCUGAAAUUGACGGUUUGGUUAUUUCGGAAGAGCCAAGCAAGACCAGCUUCCGCUUGUCUUCCACUGCAGCCCUACCAGACUCGGACCGCUGGCUCGGUCUUCUUGCCGGUGACGUUUACUCCUGGAGACAUGCUCUGUUCUUGGCCGAUGUUUUCGUUCAGGGCCACCGCUUCCAAUCCAACCCCAUGAAGCGGAUUGUCGCUCCCACCGCAGGCAUGUAUGUUGAAGUAACCAACCCCAAUGAUCCUCCCAAGACUGUCAUCAGCGUGCGAGAGCCGUACCAGUCUGGCAAGUUGGUCAAGACCGUCGAGGCCAAGAUCAACGAGCAGGGACAGGUCAGUCUCACCUUGUUCGAGGGCCGCACCGCCGAGAAUGGCGUUGUCCCUCUGGACUUCUUGUUCACAUAUCACCCCGAGACUGGAUACGCCCCUAUUCGUGAGGUUAUGGGUGACCGCAACGAUCGCAUCAAGGAGUUCUACUACCGCAUCUGGUUCGGCAACAAGGACGUGCCCUUCGACACCCCCACUACUGCCACCUUCAGUGGUGGCCAGAAAACCAUCACUGCCCAGGAUGUUGCCGACUUCGUUCACGCAGUUGGCAACACUGGUGAGGCUUUCGUUGACCGUCCUGGCAAGGAGGUCUUUGCCCCUAUGGACUUUGCCAUUGUGGCAGGCUGGCAGGCAAUCACCAAGCCUAUCUUCCCUCGCACCAUUGACGGAGAUCUGCUGAAGCUUGUCCACCUGUCCAACGGAUUCAAGAUGGUGCCCGGUGCCCAGCCCCUAAAGGUUGGCGAUGUUCUGGACACCACGGCCCAGAUUAACUCUGUCAUCAACCAGGAUUCUGGUAAGAUGGUCGAGGUCUGCGGCACCAUCAAGCGAGACAACAAAGCCAUCAUGCAUGUCACCAGUCAGUUCCUGUACCGGGGUGCUUACACCGACUUCGAGAAUACCUUCCAGCGCAAGGAUGAGGUCCCCAUUCAGGUUCACCUCGCAACCAGCCGGGACGUCGCCAUCCUCCGCUCCAAGGAAUGGUUCCGCAUGGACGACUCUGACAUUGAGCUUCUCGGCCAGACCCUGACCUUCCGCUUGCAGAGUUUGAUCCGUUUCAAGAACACCACUGUCUUCAGCAACGUCCAGACCGUUGGACAGGUUCUUCUCGAGCUUCCCACCAAGGAGGUCAUCCAAGUGGCAUCUGUCGAAUACGAGGCAGGUGACUCACACGGUAACCCUGUGGUUGACUACCUCCAGCGUAACGGAACUUCCAUUGAGCAGCCAGUCUACUUCGAGAACCCCAUCCCGCUCAGUGGCAAGACCGCUCUGGAACUGCGUGCCCCCGCCUCCAACGAGACCUAUGCCCGUGUGUCUGGUGACUACAACCCCAUCCACGUGUCGCGCGUCUUCUCCAGCUAUGCCAACUUGCCCGGAACCAUCACCCAUGGCAUGUACAGCAGUGCCGCUGUUCGCAGCCUUGUCGAGACCUGGGCCGCCGAGAACAACAUUGGUCGUGUUCGUGGCUUCCAAGUUUCACUUGUCGGCAUGGUCCUGCCCAACGACAUGAUCACCGUCAAGCUCCAGCAUGUCGGUAUGAUUGCUGGUCGCAAGAUCAUCAAGGUUGAGGCUAGCAACAAGGAGACAGAAGAGAAGGUUCUCCAGGGUGAGGCCGAGGUUGAGCAGCCAGUCACUUCCUACGUCUUCACUGGCCAGGGUUCUCAGGAGCAGGGAAUGGGUAUGGAGCUGUAUGCUUCUAGCCCAGUGGCCCAGGAGGUCUGGGACCGGGCUGAUCGCCACUUCAUGGAGAACUACGGUCUUUCCAUUAUUGACAUCGUCAAGAACAACCCCAAGGAGCUAACCGUCUAUUUCGGUGGUCCCCGGGGUAAGGCCAUCCGGGAGAACUACAUGGCCAUGACCUUCGAGUCUGUGAACGCCGAUGGGUCCAUCAAGUCUGAGAAGAUCUUCAAGGAGGUCGAUGAGAACACUGCCUCGUAUACCUACCGCUCUCCCACCGGUCUUCUCUCUGCCACCCAGUUCACUCAGCCAGCCUUGACUCUGAUGGAGAAGGCCAGCUUUGAGGACAUGCGCACCAAGGGAUUGGUGCAGCGCGACAGCAGCUUCGCUGGUCACUCACUUGGUGAAUACUCGGCUUUGGCCGCUCUGGCUGAUGUCAUGCCCAUUGAGAGCUUGGUGUCUGUCGUGUUCUACCGUGGUCUGACCAUGCAAGUCGCCGUCGAGCGUGAUGCCCAGGGUCGCUCCAACUACUCCAUGUGCGCUGUCAACCCCAGCCGUAUCUCCAAGACUUUCAACGAGCAGGCACUCCAGUACGUUGUUGAGAACAUUUCCGAGACCACUGGCUGGCUGCUGGAAAUUGUCAACUACAACGUUGCCAACAUGCAAUACGUCGCCGCUGGUGACCUCCGUGCUCUUGACUGCCUCACCAACCUGCUGAACUUCUUGAAGGCGCAGAACAUUGACAUUCCCGCUCUUAUGGAGAGCAUGUCCUUGGAGGACGUCAAGGAGCACUUGGUCAGUAUCAUCCAGGAAUGUGUCAAGCAAACCGAGGCCAAGCCUCGUCCCAUCGCCCUGGAGCGUGGUUUCGCCACCAUUCCUCUCAAGGGUAUCGAUGUGCCCUUCCACAGUACUUUCCUGCGCUCUGGUGUGAAGCCCUUCCGUUCCUUCUUGUUGAAGAAGAUCAACAAGACCACCAUCGACCCCAGCAAGUUGGUCGGCAAGUACAUCCCCAACGUUACUGCGCGUCCCUUCGAGAUCACCAAGGAAUACUUCGAGGAUGUGUACAGACUCACCAACUCGCCCCGCAUUGCCUCUAUCUUGGCGAACUGGGAAAAGUACGAAGAGGGCAACGAGACCGUUGCGAAAUAA